GUUCUCCAGCUCAUUCCACCAAAGCCUCACCCCCAUACCUUACUUCCUCAUCCCAUAUAUUCCCCAACACCUCAUUCCACCACCACCACCCUCAUCAUCAUCAUCACCAUGGCAGCUUCCACACAUUACUUCCCUGUCCUCCUCCUCGCCGUCGCCGCCUUCUUCCUCCUCCAUGCCCGAGCCCAAACUGCACCCGCCCCCGCCCCGCCCGGCAAACUUAACUUCACCGGCAUCCUAGACAAAGCUGGCCAAUACACCACCUUCCUCCGCCUCCUCACCCAAACCCAAGUGGCCACCCAAAUCCAAAGCCAGCUCAACUCCUCCACCGAGGGCCUAACCGUCCUUGCACCCACCGACAACGCCUUCACAAACCUCAAUGCCGGUACCUUAAACGACCUCUCCUCCCAACAACAAGUACAGCUAGUUCUGUACCAUGUUCUCCCCAAGUACUACACUCUCGCCAGUCUCCUAACGGUCUCGAACCCCGUGAGAACUCAGUCCUCGUCCCAAAACGGCGGCGGAUCUUACGGCCUCAACUUCACCGGAUCCGGUGGGAACCAAGUGAAUGUGUCGAGCGGGGCGGUGACUACUCAGAUCAACAAUCCGUUGAGGCAGCAGUUUCCGUUGGCUGUGUACCAAGUUGACAAGGUGUUGUUACCUAAUGACAUGUUUAGUGACGCGUCACCGGCUCCUACUCCGACUAAAACUCCGGCUGGAAGCACCAACACAACGACGGCGACAAAGGCCGCGGAGCCAUCUGCGGACAGUGCUAAUGGUUCGAGCAAGAAGAGCGUGGGAUUCGUGGGAUUGGCUCUAGGGGUGGUUUUGUUUUUCAUGGCAACUAGCUAGUAAGUGGUGCUAUUUUGUGCAGUGUGAUUUGUACCAACAACAAUAUUCAUGUACUUCUUGAUUUCCUCUU